AUGGCUGAAGCCCCCGAAGCUAUCCCAAUCCACCCUGUUGCAUCUAGGAUCCUCAAGGGCCGCAAGAAGCCUCAUGUCGGCCCUCAUUUCCAUGCGUACAAGCAGGCUCACGAAGAGACUGUUGGCCAUGAAUCCGAUGAGUGGUGGGCGAAGACCGCCAGAGAUACCCUUCAUUGGGAUCGUCCAUUCCGCACUGUCAGAUCCGGAGGCUUCGAGACGGGCGAUAUCACCUGGUUCCCUGAGGGGGGGUUGAAUGCCUCUUACAAUUGCGUUGAUCGAUGGGCCUUCAAGCACCCUAACAAGACCGCCAUCAUCUACGAGGCUGAUGAGCCUGGUGAGGGUCGCGAAGUUACCUACUCUGAGCUCCUACGUGAAGUGUGCAGCGUCGCCAAUGUCUUGAAGUCUAUGGGAGUCAAGAAGGGCGACACCGUAUCUGUUUACCUCCCCAUGACUUGGCACGCCGUCGCCGCUUUCCUUGCCUGUGCCCGUAUUGGUGCUGUUCACUCGGUUGUCUUCGCUGGAUUUUCCGCCGAGUCUCUCCGUGACCGUGCCCAAGACUGCAAGUCCCGCGUUCUUAUCACCGCCGACGAGGGUCGUCGGGGAGGCAAGACCGUCGCGACCAAGGCAAUCGUUGACGCAGCUCUCAAGGAGUGCCCACUUGUUGAGCAUGUCCUCGUCCUCCGGCGUACUGGUAACGAGGUUCCUUUCACCCCUGGCCGCGACAAAUGGUGGCAUGAGGAGACGCUCAAGGUCCCUAACUACUGCCCUCCUGAGAUCAUGGCCUCGGAAGACCCUCUCUUCAUUCUCUACACUUCUGGAUCCACUGGAAAGCCCAAGGGUGUGGUGCAUACUACCGGAGGAUACCUCCUCUGCGCCGCCCUCACUGUCAAAUACGUCUUCGACGUUCACCCAGAUGACAAGUUCGCGUGCAUGGCUGAUAUCGGCUGGAUCACAGGGCACACUUACAUCGUCUAUGGUCCCUUAGCCAACGGUGUCUCCACCAUGGUCUUCGAAUCUACCCCAGUCUACCCUUCGCCAUCACGCUAUUGGGAAACCGUCGAGAAGCACAAACUUACACAAUUCUACUCUGCGCCCACGGCUAUCCGUUUACUUCGUCGUCUCGGCUCUCACCACGUCGAGAAGCACGAUCUUAGCAGUCUCCGUGUGCUGGGUAGUGUCGGAGAACCAAUCAAUCCAGAGGCAUGGAAUUGGUAUAACGAGCACGUAGGAAAAAUGGAGUGCGCCAUCGUGGACACAUUCUGGCAAACGGAAACGGGAUCUAUUGUCGUCACUCCCUUCCCUGGUGCGAUCGAAACUAAGCCGGGCGCCGCCACCGUGCCUUUCUUUGGUAUUGAAACUGCGAUCUUGGAUCCGGUUUCUGGGAAGGAACUCGAAGGCAACAACGUGGAGGGCGUGCUCGCGCUGAAGAACCCGUGGCCAUCAAUCGCUCGCACGAUCUACGAAGACCAUAACAGGUAUCUCGAUACUUACAUGAAGCCAUAUCCCGGAUACUUCUACACUGGUGACGGAGCAGCGCGUGACGAACAUGGCUAUAUCUGGAUCAAGGGGCGUAUUGACGAUGUCAUUAAUGUUUCUGGCCAUCGUCUCUCAACCGCCGAGAUUGAGUCCGCCCUCAUCCUCCAUAAGGGAGUUGCCGAGACUGCCGUCAUUGGCACCCCAGACGAUUUAACGGGCCAAGCAGUCUACGCCUUCGUCACUCUGAAGCCCGAAUUCUCUUACGAUCCCAAUGAUGAGAAUGCGUUGGUGAAGGAGCUCGUUCUCCAAGUUCGCAAAACCAUUGGUCCCUUCGCUGCACCCAAGAAGAUCUACAUUGUCAGCGACUUGCCCAAGACUCGCUCCGGAAAGAUCAUGCGCCGUAUCAUGCGCAAGAUCGUCGCUGGCGAAGGCGAUCAACUGGGCGAUCUCAGCACCGUCGCCGAGCCGGGCGUUGUCGACGUCAUCAAGAAGAAGGUCGCCGAGAGUGCCUAA